AUGGUAGACGCACCUGAUAGUGUUUGGGCAAGCUUUACUGCUCGUACGAACAGCAAGGAUGCUCUCCAAUGGAAAGAAAGAUCAUUUCCCUUUUAUGAAGAAUUAGCUCCACUCUAUGAAGGUCGUUAUGCUGAAGGGAGAACUCGCCAAGGCAUGGACCAUUAUACUAGCAAGAGGAAGUAUGCACCAGUUCCCUUGUCACAGUUGACACCGAUGGCUGAUCUCGAUCAAUCACCAUCACCUACUAUGCCGGUUACUGGUGAGUCGGACAUGCGGUUUACUUUAGAUGAAGAACUUGAGGAAACCAACUUGGAUUCUCCCCCGCAUCUAUCUACACCUAUUCAGCAUGUGCAAGCCCCUCCAAGAUCCACACAAAUGGAGAAACAUGACACUAGGCGUGGGAAAAAACAGAAGCGUAGUGCUACUGAUGACUUCCAUGAGAAGUAUUUAAAACUGAAGAAGGAAGAAAUUGAUCGAUUUGCUGCCAUUGAGGAAAAGAAGCUAGAGGACCCCUACAGCAUCAACAAGUGUAUCACAACAAUUGAAGGCUUGGAAGGUCUACAACUAGGAGAUAUGCUGAUGGCAUCAGAUAUCUUCAAAUGUAAGGAGAACAGGGAAGUUUUCUUGUCCUACUCUACUAAUGAACUACGGUUGGCUUGGCUUAAAAGAGAGAUUGCACGUGCCCAAAAAAAUGAUCAAAAUUAG